GCCGCCGCCGCCGCCGCCGAGCCUUACCCGGUGUCCGGGGCCAAACGCAAGUACCAGGAGGACUCGGACCCCGAACGCAGCGACUAUGAGGAGCAGCAGCUGCAGAAGGAGGAGGAGGCGCGCAAGGUGAAGAGCGGCAUCCGUCAGAUGCGGCUCUUCAGCCAGGACGAGUGCGCCAAGAUCGAGGCCCGCAUCGACGAGGUGGUGUCCCGCGCCGAGAAGGGCCUGUACAACGAGCACACGGUCGACCGGGCUCCACUGCGCAACAAGUACUUCUUCGGCGAGGGCUACACGUAUGGCGCCCAGCUGCAGAAGCGCGGGCCCGGCCAGGAGCGCCUAUACCCGCCGGGCGACGUGGACGAGAUCCCCGAGUGGGUUCACCAGCUGGUCAUCCAGAAGCUGGUGGAGCACCGCGUCAUCCCCGAGGGCUUCGUCAACAGUGCCGUCAUCAACGACUACCAGCCCGGUGGCUGCAUAGUGUCCCACGUGGACCCCAUCCACAUCUUCGAGCGCCCAAUCGUGUCUGUGUCCUUCUUUAGCGACUCUGCGCUCUGCUUUGGCUGCAAGUUCCAGUUCAAGCCUAUCCGGGUGUCGGAACCCGUGCUUUCGCUGCCUGUGCGCAGGGGGAGCGUGACUGUGCUCAGUGGAUAUGCUGCUGAUGAAAUCACUCACUGCAUACGGCCUCAGGACAUCAAGGAGCGAAGAGCGGUCAUCAUCCUCAGGAAGACUAGAUUAGACGCACCCCGGUUGGAGACAAAGUCCCUGAGCAGCUCCGUGUUACCACCCAGCUAUGCUUCAGAUCGCCUGUCGGGAAACAACAGGGACCCUGCGCUGAAACCCAAGCGGUCCCACCGCAAGGCAGACCCUGAUGCUGCUCACAGGCCUAGGAUCCUGGAGAUGGACAAAGAAGAGAACCGGCGCUCAGUGCUGCUGCCCACACACCGGCGGAGGGGGAGCUUCAGCUCUGAGAACUACUGGCGCAAGUCCUACGAGUCUGGGGAGGACUGCUCAGAGGCCACAGGCAGCCCCACCCGAAAGGUGAAGAUGCGGAGGCACUGAGGCCCAUGGCAUCCUCUCGGGAACUCUGGUUAAUCCUCAUGUAGCCACCCCACUUUUGUUUCCUUUUGAGGGGUAUUGUUUCUGUUUGUUUGUUCUGACCCUUUUAGUUUUCCUUGGUUUGUUGCCUGUUAAGGCUGAAGAACAGAAUUAGUUCUUGGUUUUCCUCCUGGAUGGAAAGGCUGACAAGCUCACACUGGAGUGGCCAGUAGAGGCAUGGGAGGCAACCACUGUCAAAGGGGGCUAUGUCAGGCUGGUUUUAUUUAAAAGCAACAAAAUGUUUUGGUUAAGAAAAUUCUUGUUUUGCUUUAAUGUAAAUUUUCUCAGUGUUGUAAAUGAAGUUCAGUGUCCCGUCCCGUCUGUCACCCCCCCCACCCCACCCCCAUGUUUAAGCUGGGUUGAGAUUUCCUGGGUCUUGCUGGCUCCACAGAGGUCCUGCUAUCCUUUCACCUGUCACUUGCUCUCCAGGCUCUGGAAACUUGUGCAAACUCUUCCUCUCGCUGCAGUCAUUCAGGGUGACUGAGCAGGGGCUUAACCAGUGCCUGCCCCGGCACCCCAGAGCUAUUGGCCAUGCCCACUGGCCUGCUUUGCCCACAGGUCCCUGGCUGGCUGGCGGCAGAGAACUGCAGUGGUCCUGACCUCUUGCCAAGAGCACGCCUCUUUGCUGGGUUGCUCCUUUCAGGCAUAUGAGUGUGAUUGUAUGGAACAGUUAGACUGGCCAAUGUUGGGGCAGUUUUAGGAAUUAUUUCUAGCUAGAGGGACUGGUGUCCUUCCAAGUCUAGCAUUUGGGGUAUGGAAAAUUGUUGUGGUGUGUAGUAGGGUUUUUGUUUUGAGUUUUUUCCCCCUUUGGUCUUGUCUUUUUCCUUUCCCUUUCCUUCUACAUUGGCCAGUUUGGGCCUUCUCCCCAUAGAAAGGUGCCUGCUCCCCUGUCCGCCUACAGCACGCAUCCAAGGCCAGAGCUCAGGCCUGCAAACUGGGUUGGUGUCUCUUCCACCUCUGGGGCAUGGGAGCUGGGGAUGGGCUUUUAAAAAAUAGUGAUAAAAGAAAAAAAGUAGUCUUUGGCAGUUUCCACCUCCUCAGAUGCUUGAGGGCUACAAGGUUUUACUGGUCUAGAUUCAUUAGAAAUGUCUCCUUGCUAGCCAGGGCCAAGACCAGGCCUGCUGAGAGAAGAGGCCCUCCCAGUCCCCAGGUUGCCACCACAAGGAGGGGAACCUUGUUUUAUAGAGUCCUAGGCCUGGGGCUGCAGAAAUCUGGGGCAGCCACCAUCAAGAAGCCCCCUCUCAGGGGCCAGAACUCCUUUAACAGCGUGGAUUCCUCAAGUUGGGACUGCAUAACUAAGGCAGUUGCCUUUUUUUUUUUUUUU